GCUCUCUCAGUGCCUUCCUUCACGAGGCGUCCGUCCGUCCGUUUGUCCGUUUCCUCCCAUCCGCUGCUGGAGAGGGCUCAGCGCUGCCGGGGACAGAGCCGGGCACCGAGGAGCGACAGGACCCGGAGGAGGAGGGAGAGCAAAGGCAGCGAGGGAAGGAGGACCCCGGCAGGCGACAGCAUGAAAUUCAGCCCAGCGCACUACUUGCUGCCUCUCCUGCCGGCGCUGGUCCUCAGCACCAGACAGGACUAUGAAGAUCUAGAAAAGCAGCUGAAAGAAGUCUUUAAGGAGCGAAGCAACAUCCUCCAUCAGCUGACAAAGACAUCAAGAGAACUUGAUGGAAUUAAAGUCAACCUUCAGUCUUUGAAAAACGAUGAGAAAACUUCCAAAACUGAUGUUCAGAAGCUUCUGGAAAUAGGUCAGAGACAAAGAGAACAAAUGAAGUCUCUCCAGGAGGUCCUGCAAAAUCAACUUAAAGAGACAUCUGAGAAAGCAGAAAAACAACAAGCUACUAUUAAUUUUUUAAAGACUGAAAUGGAAAGAAAGAGCAAAAUGAUCCGAGAUCUCCAGAAUGAGAAUAAAAGCUUGAAGAACAAACUCUUGUCAGGAAACAAGCUGUGUGGCAUCCAUGCAGAAGAGUCAAAAAAAAUCCAAGCCCAGCUGAAAGAGCUUCGUUAUGGGAAGAAGGAUUUAUUAUUUAAGGCCCAACAACUUACUGAUCUGGAACGAAAAUUAGCUGUGGCCAAAAUUGAGCUGGAGAAAGCAGCUCUUGACCGGGACUCACAGCUGAAAGCAAUGAAAGAGACCGUCCAUCUCUGCCUGUCAACUGUGUUCCGUAAUCAACCGCCUCCCCCUUUGAGUCUAGCCAGAACAAAUCCAACUCAGAUGUCAGUUCCCCCUGGGACAAUUGACAGUAUGAUUCCUGAUGCAAGGACAAAAAUCAAGCCUCAACAAACCUUUACUGGAAGCAAUGAGAGCUCUCAAAUUGAGACAACAAAGGAAGAAAAUCUGAACACUACUGAGUGCAAUCCUCUAAGUCUUUUACAAGAGGGCAGGACCUGUUCAAUGAAGCACAAAGACAAUCCCCCAACCAAUGCUACAGUAGAGCCAGUGACUACCCCACAGAAAUUGCAAAUCCUUCCUUGUACUGAAUGUGAGGUGAAGAAAAACCCGGAAAAACAAUUGACCAACUUUGAAGGGAGGGCAACUAGAGAAGAAAAAAUACUGCUAUUUGUCCUUGCUUUUUUCUCUGAAAGAUAUAUCUAUGGGCCCGUGGCUGUGACUUCUAGCAAAGUAGAUGUGGCAUUUCUGGAUGAAUUUUGGAAUGCUGCUCGAUGUGAUAGACACAAUUCACCUGGCAUAGGUGCGUCUUUAAUUGGAAUCUACCUUUGACAUUCGCCUGGACGGAGGCAGGGCCACUUAAUUUCUUUUAGUAUUAGUUUCCAACCUCUUGGGCCUUAAAUUGUUGGACUUAAAUCAGAGAUUUUCUUCUGCAUUCUGCUGCAUUCAUUCUCCUAGUCCUAAAGCAGACACAGCUCCAGACUGUGAGGAUGGGGGCUCUGGCCUCCAUAAACCCUCACUUUCAA